CAUAGUCUCGCUGAUCACUCGUUGACCCUACAUUGAGACAAGGAAUCACAGGGAUGCCUGUUUGUAUCUUGGGUGCCCACACAACUGUAAUGGCUCAGUGUAUCCUCCAAGUAAGAAGAGCUUUGCACAGUGUUGGUUUCAAAGUUCACCCUUUCGUAAAGGAAGCUCUGGACAAUGGGAGGCCUGUUGUUGCCUUGGAGAGUACAAUAAUUACCCAUGGCAUGCCAUAUCCCCAGAAUCUGAGCACAGCCAAAGAGGUAGAAGAAAUCGUAAGAACAAAUGAUGCUGUGCCAGCCACUAUUGGGAUUUUGGAUGGCAGUAUCCACAUAGGCCUCCAGAAUGAUGAACUUGAGUGUCUGGCAAAGGCAAAAGAUGUAGUGAAGGUGUCCCGCAGAGACUUUCCCUAUGUUCUCAGUCAGGGCUUGUCUGGUGGCACUACAGUAUCAGGAACUAUGAUUGUGGCACACAAAGCUGGUAUCCCUGUGUUUGUGACAGGAGGAAUUGGAGGAGUCCACCGUGGAGGAGAAAAGACUUUAGAUAUGAGUGCUGAUCUGACAGAGCUAGGCCGAACUCCUAUUGCUGUCAUUUCUGCGGGUGUCAAGUCUAUACUGGAUAUUUGUAGGACGCUAGAAUAUCUGGAAACUCAAGGGGUCUGUGUGGCCACCUUUGGAGAAUCCAGAGAGUUCCCAGCCUUCUUCUCCCGUCAAAGUGGCUUCCAAGCACCCUAUAAGGUACAAAACGAGGAAGAUGCCGCUAAACUGAUUGCCAGGUCAUUGGCCUUGCAGCUGGGCAGCGGAGUGCUGAUCGCGGUGCCCUGCCCAGAGGAAGAAGCUGCUUCAGGAGAGCUUAUCGAAGAAGCAAUCCGGUGGGCUUUGAGGGAGUCUCAGGAAAGAGAAAUCACAGGAAAGGCGCUCACACCCUUCUUGCUGCAGAGAGUGAACGAAUUGUCUAAUGGAAAGUCCCUGAAUGCUAGUAUCGCUUUGAUCAAGAACAAUGCCAGGGUGGGCAGUCGAAUAGCUGUGGCCCUGAAUAAAAUCCAGAGAGCCAACGGGAGGAGAGAUGGCGCAUCGCCAAGUGGAAAAGCGUUUUCUGCUCCAAGACCAGUGGUGAUCGGUGGCAUCAACGUUGAUUUCAUAGCCAAGGCAAAAGGUUCAGCAAUAGUGGAAGGAGGACAAACAAAUCCAUCAACGGUGAGACAAUCUUUUGGUGGCGUGGGGAGAAACCUCGCAGAUUGCUUAAGCCGCCUUGGGAAAACUCCUGUUUUUAUCUCAGCAAUGGGGAAGGAUGAGCAUUCUGAGUCUGUCCUACGUUACUGCAGGCAUAUGGAUAUGAGUGGAGUCUCUCAGCUGGAUGGACACAACACGGCCACCUAUUGUGCUGUAAUCACAGGCAGCGGAGAGCUCAGACUUGGCUUGGGAGACAUGGAGGUUCACCAGCAGAUAACAGAACAAUACGUGUCUGGAUUCAGGGAGAACCUGUGUCGGGCACCGCUGGUAUGCAUAGAUGGGAACGUACCAGUUUCCACCAUUCAAUAUGUCUGUCAGUUUGCCCGAGAUCAUCACUUAGCAGUGUAUUAUGAGCCAACAGAUGUGGACAAGGCUUCCAAGCCAUUCUUUUCAGACAGCUGGAGAGCCCUGUCGUGUGUCUCUCCCAAUCUGCGGGAGCUGAGGGCCAUCAGCCAGACCCUGGGACAUCCUGUGCCAACAGAUCUGCCAUCCAAGCUGGAAGAUGUUGUUAAGACUGCCGUGGCCCUUGUCCUUCCCUUACUGAAAGAGUUGCACUGUGUGGUGGUAACACUUGGCCAACAUGGCGUCCUUGUGUGUGGCCAGAGCAUGGACGGGAGUGUCUCUCUUCAUCCUGGAUCUUGUAACAAGACCACGGCAGGUGAGCUGCUUGCCACUCACUACCCAGCAAUUCCAGUCCCUAUGGAGCAGAUAGUGAAUGUCUCUGGAGCAGGUGACAGCUUAAUGGCUGGAAUAAUUGCCGGGUUGCUUGAUGGUGAGGACACAAAUCACUGUCUCCAGAUGGGCCUCUUAUCCGCCAGCCUCUCUCUCCGUUCUUAUGAGCCUGUUUCUCCAGAGAUCAAUGCCACCAGUGUGAGUAUGGAACAGGUGCAGGCUCAGAAGUGGCUGGGAACAAAGACAUGGAAACUGUCUUAGUUAGGCCAUUUGCUUGAGGACUCCCUUCUACUUCUGUGGCACCUGGAACAAGCAGACUUCUCCAGCAUCCAUCUGUCUUUGAUUUUGAACAUGAUGGGUUCCAUGAUCACAGAGAAGAAGGUGGUUGGCUUACCCUCUUUUCCUUCCCUUCUCCUGUGGACUCUGCGCUAUGUGACUCCAUGCGACUCCUUUGGAAUACUGUGCACAAUUCUGGCCACCGCACCUCAAAAAGGAUUUUUAAAAAGUCCAGAAAAGGGCAAUUAGAAUGAUUAAAGAUUUGGAACACUUUUCCUAUGAAGAAAGGUUAAAA